GAUGUAUAUUUGAUAUUGUACACACUGAUCACAAAAUUUAUUUGUAAAUAACAUUUGCAGUUUUUCCUUCAGGGAUUAACACUAAAAAAGACGCUUGGGGCUACUAACUCGUAAGCAAGCCAUGUAAAGCUGCCCAUGGGAGAAGCAGCCGGUCCAGAGAACUACACCGGCAGCCAUGAGCGUUUGCCCCUGCAACUUGUUGAUGGUCAUAUCGAAGCAGAUGCUAACAGGAAACUACAAGUGCUUGGAUUGAAAAGGAAAGUUGUUGGGGUUGAGGGGUAUACAUGGAAACUUGAAGACCCAUCCUUAUGUGGAGAGAGCUGAGUAAGGUACAACGGGCCCAUCUAUAUAAGCUGUCCAGAGCCCUGCACAUGGUUACAUCACAGUUCAUGGGAGAAACUAACAUAUUAUUUCAUCACUUCCUGCAAUAAAAGAAACCAGCAACCAUGGGGGACGGUGAGAUGGCAGUUUUUGGGGAAGCCGCCCAGUUUCUCCGUAAGGGUGAUAAAGAGAGACUGGAGGCCCAAAACAAGCCUUUUGAUGCCAAGAACACCUGCUACGUGGAUGACCAGAAGGAACUCUACGUGAAAGGUCUCGUCACCGCUCGGGAAGAUGGAAAAAUUACUGUCAAGACCGAUGAUGGGAGGUCUGUAACAGUAAAAGAUAGUCAAGUUUACCCCCAAAAUCCUCCAAAGUAUGACAAAAUUGAAGACAUGGCCAUGAUGACUCACCUGAAUGAGGCCUCUGUGCUGUAUAACCUCAAAGAACGUUAUGCAGCCUGGAUGAUCUACACCUACUCUGGGCUCUUCUGUGUGACUGUCAACCCCUACAAGUGGUUGCCAGUAUACGACCCUAAGGUUGUUGCCGGCUACAGAGGCAAGAAGCGUAUGGAAGCCCCACCACACAUCUUCUCCAUCUCUGAUAACGCCUAUCAGGCCAUGUCAACAGAUCGUGAAAAUCAGUCUGUCCUAAUUACUGGAGAAUCCGGUGCUGGAAAGACUGUAAACACCAAGCGUGUCAUCCAGUACUUUGCAACAAUUGCAGCCAUUGGAGAUCCCAAGAAGAAGGAACAACUCAGCAACAGCAUGCAGGGUACUCUGGAGGAUCAAAUUAUCCAGGCUAACCCUCUGCUGGAAGCCUUCGGUAAUGCCAAGACCGUGAGAAAUGACAACUCCUCCCGUUUUGGUAAAUUCAUUAGAAUCCACUUCGGAACAACUGGAAAGCUGUCUUCAGCUGAUAUUGAAACAUAUCUGCUGGAAAAGUCCAGAGUAACCUUCCAGCUCUCAGCUGAGAGAAGCUACCACAUCUUCUACCAGAUCAUGACCAACAAGAAACCAGAGAUUGUUGAGAUGCUUCUUAUCACCACCAACCCCUACGACUACCCCGCUAUAAGUCAGGGUGAGAUUGUUGUGAAGAGUAUUGAUGAUGUGGAGGAGUUCAUAGCCACCGAUACCGCCAUUGAUGUCCUGGGAUUCAAUGCAGAUGAGAAGAUCGGCAUCUACAAAAUGACCGGUGCUGUCAUGCACCACGGCAACUUGAAGUUCAAGCAGAAGCAGAGGGAGGAACAGGCCGAGCCAGACUGCACAGACGUUGCUGAUAAGAUCGCCUACCUCAUGGGUCUAAACUCUGCUGAUGUACUGAAAGCUUUGUGCUACCCAAGAGUGAAGGUCGGCAAUGAGUUUGUCACCAAGGGACAGACUGUGCCACAGGUCUACAACUCUGUAGGUGCCCUCUGCAAGUCAGUAUUUGAGAAACUCUUCUUGUGGAUGGUCACCCGUAUCAACCAACAGCUGGACACCAAGCAGGCCAGGCAGUUCUACAUCGGUGUGCUGGAUAUUGCUGGUUUUGAAAUCUUUGAUUACAACAGCUUGGAACAGCUCUGCAUCAACUUCACCAAUGAGAAACUGCAGCAGUUCUUCAACCACCACAUGUUCGUCCUGGAACAGGAAGAAUACAAGAAGGAAGGUAUUGACUGGGAGUUCAUUGACUUUGGUAUGGAUCUGGCUGCCUGCAUUGAGCUCAUUGAGAAGCCCAUGGGUAUCUUCUCCAUCCUUGAAGAGGAGUGCAUGUUCCCCAAAUCCACUGACACAUCCUUCAAGAACAAACUGUAUGAGCAGCAUCUUGGCAAGUGCAAGAACUUUGAGAAGCCCAAGCCUGGCAAAGGAAAGGCUGAAGCUCACUUCUCCCUGGUGCAUUAUGCUGGUACUGUGGAUUACAACAUCACUGGCUGGCUUGAAAAGAAUAAGGACCCACUGAAUGAAUCUGUUAUCCAGCUCUACCAGAAGUCUUCAGUUAAACUGUUGGCCUACCUCUACUCCGCCCACAAUAAUCCUGAUGAGAGUGCUGCUGCUGGUGGCAAAGGAGGAAAGAAGAAGAAGGGUUCCUCUUUCCAGACUGUGUCUUGUCUGUUCAGGGAAAACUUGAACAAGCUGAUGACCAACUUGAGAGGCACUCACCCUCACUUUGUACGUUGUCUGAUCCCCAAUGAAACCAAGACUCCAGGUAUCAUGGAUAACCACUUGAUCAUCCACCAGCUGAGAUGUAACGGUGUAUUGGAAGGCAUCAGAAUCUGCAGAAAGGGAUUCCCAAGCAGAAUCCUCUAUGCUGACUUUAAGCAACGUUACAAGAUACUGAAUGCCAGCGCAAUUCCAGAUGGGCAGUUUAUAGACAGCAAGAAGGGGGCUGAGAAACUCUUGGGCUCAAUUGAUGUUGAUCACACUCAAUACAAAUUUGGACAUACCAAGGUGUUCUUUAAAGCUGGUCUCCUGGGUACCCUGGAAGAGAUGAGAGAUGAAAAGUUGGCACAACUUAUUACUCGUACUCAGGCUCUUUGCAGAGGCUUCUUAAUGAGAGUUGAGUUUACAAAAAUGAUGGAGAGAAGGGAGGCAAUAUACGUCAUCCAGUACAAUGUCAGAUCUUUCAUGAAUGUCAAACACUGGCCAUGGAUGAAGUUGUAUUUUAAGAUUAAGCCACUGCUGCAGAGUGCUGAGAAUGAGAAGGAGAUGGCAAACAUCAAAGAGGAGUUUGAGAAGACCAAAGAAGCUCUGAUCAAGGCAGAAGCCAAAAAGAAAGAACUUGAGGAGAAAUUAAUUUCCCUGGUGCAAGAGAAGAAUGAAUUGCUUCUCCAAUCCCAGUCGGAAUCUGAAACUCUUGCCGAUGCCGAGGAGAGAUGUGAAGGUCUUAUCAAGAACAAGAUCCAAAUGGAAUCAAAGUUGAAGGAGAUAACUGAGAGGCUUGAAGAUGAGGAAGAAAGCAAUGCUGAGCUUACAGCAAAGAAGAGGAAAUUGGAGGAUGAAUGCUCUGAGCUGAAGAAAGAUAUUGAUGACUUGGAACUUACUCUUGCUAAAGUAGAAAAGGAAAAACAUGCCACAGAAAACAAGGUUAAAAACCUUACUGAAGAACUUGCAACUCUUGAUGAAAAUGUCUCUAAAGUCUCAAAGGAGAAGAAGGCUCUGCAGGAAGCUCACCAGCAGACACUUGAUGACCUUCAAGCUGAAGAAGACAAAGUCAGUUCCUUGACCAAAGCAAAGACAAAGCUGGAACAGCAAGUAGAUGAUCUGGAAGGUUCCCUGGAACAAGAGAAGAAACUUCGCCUUGACCUUGAGAGAGCAAAGAGGAAGCUUGAAGGUGACCUCAAACUGUCCCAGGAAACAGUCAUGGAUCUUGAAAAUGAGAAACAACAGACUGAUGAAAAACUGAAAAAGAAGGACUUUGAAAUUAGCCAACUUCAAGGAAAGAUAGAGGAUGAGCAGUCACUGGGAUCACAACUACAGAAGAAGAUCAAGGAACUGCAGGCUCGUAUUGAAGAGCUUGAGGAGGAAAUUGAAGCUGAACGGGCAGCUCGUGCCAAGGUUGAAAAACAGAGGGCCGAUCUGUCCAGAGAACUUGAAGAAAUUAGUGAAAGACUUGAAGAAGCUGGAGGUGCAUCAUCUGCCCAGAUUGAGGUGAAUAAGAAGCGAGAAGCUGAGUUCCAGAAAGUGAGACGUGACCUGGAAGAAGCCACCCUCCAACAUGAAGCUGUAGCUGCUGCCCUGCGCAAGAAGCAUGCCGACAGUGUUGCUGAGCUUGGAGAACAGAUUGACAACCUACAGCGUGUCAAACAGAAGCUAGAAAAAGAGAAGAGCGAGCUGAAGAUGGAGGUUGACGACCUUGCCAGCAACCUGGAGAGCAUCUCUAAGUCUAAGGCCAACCUGGAGAAAGUGAACCGUGUGCUUGAGGACCAACUCAGUGAAGUGAAGGCCAAGGAUGAUCAGCAACAACGAUUGAUUAAUGACCUCUCUACACAAAGGGCUCGUUUCCAGACUGAGAAUGGUGAACUGACUCGUCAGCUUGAAGAGAAGGAAUCUCUGAUUUCACAGCUCUCCAGAGGAAAGCAGGGAUUCACCCAACAGGUUGAGGAACUCAAGAGACAACUUGAAGAAGAAUCAAAGGCUAAGAAUGCCCUUGCCCAUGCCCUGCAAUCUUCCCGCCAUGACAAUGACUUGCUGCGUGAGCAAUAUGAAGAAGAACAAGAAGCCAAGGCUGAGCUCCAGCGAACAUUGUCUAAAGCUAAUGGUGAAGUUGCCCAAUGGAGGACCAAAUACGAAACUGAUGCCAUUCAGCGCACAGAGGAGCUGGAAGAGGCCAAGAAGAAGCUGGCUCAGCGCUUGCAGGAUGCUGAGGAACAAGUGGAGGCUGUAAACUCCAAAUCUGCCUCCUUGGAAAAGACCAAGCAGAGGCUGCAGGCUGAGGUGGAGGACCUUAUGGUUGAUGUGGAGAGAGCAAACAGUGCCGCAGCCGCCCUUGAUAAGAAGCAAAGGAACUUUGAUAAAGUCCUUGUAGAAUGGAAGCAGAAAUAUGAAGAGGGUCAGGCUGAACUAGAGGCUGCUCAGAAAGAGGCCCGCAGCCUCAGCACUGAGAUCUUCAAGAUGAAGAACGCUUAUGAAGAGGCCCUGGAACAAGUAGAAACCCUGAAACGCGAAAACAAGAAUUUGCAACAGGAGAUUUCAGAUCUUACUGAACAGAUUGGUGAGAGCGGGAAAUCUAUCAAUGAACUGGACAAGGCCAAGAAGCAGAUUGAGCAGGAGAAGAGCGACCUACAGGCUGCCCUAGAGGAAGCUGAGGGAUCACUGGAACAUGAAGAAGCCAAGAUCCUGCGUGUCCAGCUUGAGCUGAACCAGAUCAAAUCAGAGGUGGACAGGAAGAUUGCAGAGAAGGACGAGGAGAUUGAUCAGCUCAAGAGAAACAGCCAGAGAUCCAUUGACACCAUUCAGAGCACACUGGACUCUGAAAUCAGGAGCAGAAACGAUGCUCUGAGGCUGAAGAAGAAGAUGGAAGGAGACUUGAAUGAAAUUGAGAUCCAGCUUAGUCAUGCCAACCGCCAGGCUGCAGAGGCACAGAAACAGCUCAGAAACGUGCAGGCACAACUGAAGGAUGCCCUGCUGCAAUUGGAUGAUUCCCUAAGGGGACAGGAGGAUCUGAAGGAACAGGUUGCUGUGAUAGAACGUAGAACUAAUCUACAACAGGCUGAAAUUGAGGAGAACAGGGCUGCCCUGGAACAAACUGAGAGAUCUCGCAAGAUCGCAGAACAGGAACUUCUGGAUUCCAGCGAACGUGUGCAGCUUUUGCAUUCACAGAACACCAGCCUUAUCAACAGCAAGAAGAAGAUGGAAAAUGACAUUGCUCAGCUCCAGAACGAAGCUGAGGAAUCUAUUCAGGAAUCUAGAAAUGCUGAAGAUAAAGCCAAGAAGGCCAUCACAGAUGCUGCACUCAUGGCAGAGGAGCUGAAGAAGGAGCAGGACACCAGUGCUCACCUGGAAAGGAUGAAGAAGAACCUUGAACAGACAGUGAAGGACCUGCAGCAUCGUCUGGAUGAGGCUGAACAGCUGGCAUUGAAGGGUGGCAAGAAGCAGCUCCAGAAACUGGAGACCAGAGUGCGUGAACUGGAGAAUGAGCUGGAGAAUGAACAGAAACGCGGAGUUGAGGCAAUUAAAGGUGUUCGUAAAUAUGAGAGGAGAGUAAAGGAACUCACCUACCAGACUGAGGAAGACAGGAAGAACGGUCUGAGACUGCAGGAUCUGGUUGACAAACUGCAGCUGAAAGUAAAGGCCUACAAGAGACAGGCUGAGGAAUCUGAGGAACAGGCCAAUUCCCACCUGAGCCGCUUCAGGAAGGUGCAGCAUGAGCUGGAAGAGGCUGAGGAGAGAGCCGACAUUGCAGAGUCCCAAGUGAACAAGCUGAGGGUCAAGAGCCGUGAUGUUGGUGGCAAGAAGGAAAGCGAAGAGUAAAGAGUCAUUAUCUAAAUCUCAAGGGAUUCUCAGAAUGGGAAUUUCUCAGUCUGUUACCUGUCUACCCUUAUCCCUCCCCUUUAGUUCAUCUCCUAAAUAAAUUUCAUAUUUGUAAAA